AUGACGCCCGCAGAGGAUGCCGACCGACUCGUGGCCAGUGUUGCCGCCUCCAAGGCGAGUGGGCAGCAGGUCGUGCAGCUCUUGCAGGAAAUAUCUCAGCAUGGUGCGUCAAAGGCGCGUCGUCCAAAUGUGUGCCACGCAGGGCUUUUCCUCACCCCACAGCAUGUUCUUCACGUUUCACCACAUCUGGUUGAAGGCACCGUUCGCAGCCUCGAUGGGUACAACGACCUUUUGCACACCUUGGAGGCCCUGAGUCCGUUGCAAGAGGACAUGGAACGCAACCGCCAAGCGGUGCAGGCAAAAUCAAGGGCUGACACCAGUGAACGUGCGUAUCGAGACACUGCUUUGAACUUGGCUCAAGCUCGGACUGCUUUGAUGGACGCGAUGAACCGGGUUGCUGCCGUACGUGUCAAUCCGAACUUGUCUCAUGUUUACUGCAAUGUUAUUACGGUCGAGGAGGGCUUGCAAAUGAACAAGCGCCACAUGUCAGCCAGCGUGCUGGCCGCCCUCCAGGGCUUGUCUCAGCAGGAGGAAACCACGAGCGAAGCCGCGAAUCACGAUGACGUGCGACAGCCGCGCCUCAGCCACAAUGCCAUCCUCGAGGAUACACAGCAAGGUCCUCGCUUUGUGAUUCGUGAGCGCCGGCCUUCUCAACUGCGCAUGGCCAAUAUCAGUGAUCCUUUUGCACUGUCCAACACAGCCAUCUCUGAACAGCGCGCGCAAGCAAACACCAGUCCGGCGGCGCUUCCCGAUGAUAAUCACAGUCGCCCUCAAUCGGGUUUACAAUAUCGCAGCACGUCUUCUGCACAAUCGGCCGUGUUUUCUCCACUGAGCCCAUUGUCAGCCACGGCCGAGUCGAGAUCAGGCAGUCGAAGUGCCCCUUUACCUGAGGAAGCCUUUGCCACACCGUCGUCAGACUGUGAUGCAGCAUCUGUUGCCGGGACCAACUUGACCUCGCGUGCGAAUGCAAGCAGUGCCCCACCUCUGCCCAGAUCUGCCACGGGUGUAGCUCCACUCGAGAAGCAAUCGUCAUUUGAGUGGUUGCACAAGUUCUCCACAAAUCUGCUCGACUCACUUUCGCCCCUUGCCUUGUGGGGCACCCAACGCGAGACGCAGCCCGAUCAGACGGUCGCGGACGCAAGCAAUGUUGUCACCCAGAGCGAGUUACAUCAGGCCACAACAGCCUUGCCACGCACUGGCAUGCCAGACCCACCUGAAGAGCACAUGGCAGAGCAAGUUUACACCGCUCCAGCGCCAAAACAAGGCUUGCGACAGGUGCUGACACUAGAGACGCAGCAGGAAGUGGCACUAGAGACGCGGCAGGAGGUGACACAAGCACCAGAGCCACAAUGGCAACAGAAACCUGCAAAAGAGGCAACACACGCAUCAGAGAUGGAAUCGCAGUUCAGCACGGACCGUGAUCCUGACUUUGAGGUUACCGGCGCACAGGACAGCAACCAUGCGCCAAGCGCAGAUCAGCAGGCAAUGCCUGUGACAGAUCCCUUUCUACCCGUCGCCACUCUCAAACCGUCUGCACGAUGCGCACCUCUGACAGCUUCCACACUGACCUCACAGCACGUCCCAACAAUUUCGCCUGGUUCCAACAAGAGCGCCGUUCGAACCUCGAGCAACAGCUCAUCAGAGUCGAGCUUCAAACAGCCAACAACACGUCUUGUGCCUCACCACUCGACUACGCCAACCCACACUUACACGCGCAAUCUCAGCAACACCAGCGCCACCAAUCCCAGCUCGUCAUCAGCCCCUGGCUUUGAAACCAUGGCUACUGCCGAACCGUUUGCUCGGCCCAAUGCUCGUAUACUUACUCAGCCAAUGCCACUCGCAGGGGGUGAGGCGUUACGACGCGGCUCCGACUGGGACAUGAAAUCACAGACAGAAGCGAAUCAUGCCGAGCCCCGGCCUCGACGUGCCUCACACAUCGUGCCACUUUGGCAUACGGAACGUAGUGCCAGCCACAACAGUGAUCUCGGGGGUUAUCUUGAUCUUCCCGGCACUGCAACGGCAGCGGAUCGAGGCGAUCAGGCUCUCGUGGCUUGUCGGCUCAGGAUAGAGGACCACAUCUCUGCCCGCUUCACAGGAACGCGUCUUAGCCAUGCCACAAGUGAUCACCGGAUGGUAGUGAGUCUGCCGGCUGCCCACGAAUGGCAGCAGGUGUUGGAGCGAUGCCACCCGCAGGAAGAAGUGGUGUUGCUCAUCCGCUGUCCCACCGUGACUCGCUCGCUUGGUCUGCGGUUCGUUGCCUACUUGCUGUUCAGCAUCUUGAUGUAG